CAACUCUCUUCUUGGUGUCCUUCUACGUUUUCGGAAAGAAAAAAUUGCUAUCCUUGCAGACGUUCAACAAAUGUUCCACUGUUUCUUAGUGCAUAAAGACCACCGCAACUUCCUCCGCUUUUUGUGGUACAAGAACAAUGAUCUCAGAGAGCCUGUCAUUGAGUACCGGAUGAAAGUCCACGUCUUUGGCAACACACCAUCACCUGCAGUUGCUAUCUACGGGCUGCGGAGGGCCAUCAGAGAAAGUGCUCAGAAACAUGGUGAUGACACAGUCCUGUUUGUUGAAAGACACUUUUACAUGGAUGACGGUUUAAUAUCUGUCUCCUCAGAAGCAGGAGCCAUCAACCUUCUCCAACGAACACAGACUUCACUCGCAGAAUCCAACCUUCGAUUGCACAAGUUUGUGUCAAAUUCCAAGGCAGUCACGGAAGCAUUCUCCCCUGAUGACUGUGCUGCUGUAGUCAAAGAGCUAGAUCUAAGUGGAGAGGAAGUACCCAUGCAAAGAAGUUUGGGACUGCUCUGGGAAAUCCAAACAGACACCUUCACCUACGCUGUAUCAAACAUGAGAAAACCAUACACUCGCCGUGGAAUUCUUUCCACUGCGAACAGUGUCUUUGACCCCCUGGGCUUGUUGGCACCCGUCACCAUCCAGGGAAGAGCCCUUCUCAGAGAACUUACAAUGCAGCUGUCAGAUUGGGAUACGCCACUUUCAGACGAUAAGUUCAGGAUCUGGGAGAGUUGGAGAGACUCCCUUCAAGAUUUAAGAGAGAUUCAUGUUCCACGGGCAUAUACAUCUUCCUCAAUGGAAGCAGUGCACACAUAAUUGCAUGUCUUUUCAGACGCCUCAAACAAAGCUAUUGGCGCCGUGGCUUACCUAAAGACUGUUCAGGAAGGUGGAAAAGCUGAGGUGGGAUUUGUAAUGGGCAAGGCUAAGCUAGCUCCUCAGUCAGAGCCAACCAUCCCUAGGCUUGAGCUCUGUGGUGCUGUUCUCGCAGUUGAAAUGGCAGAUCUUAUCCAGGAUGAGCUUGAUCUAAAGUUUGAUGCUGUUCAGUUUUACACAGACAGCAAAGUCGUCCUUGGAUAUAUUUGUAAUGAGACAAAGCGUUUCUAUACGUAUGUCCAUAAUAGAGUCCAACGUAUACGCCAGUCUUCAACUCCAGAGCAGUGGAAUUAUGUUCGCACAGAGGAGAACCCUGCAGACCACGCAUCAAGAUCCUUAUCAGCAUCUCGCCUUUCCCAAACAUCUUGGUUUACUGGUCCUUCCUUCCUGCAUAAGACAUCAACAGCCACAACACAACCUAAAGGGAGGUUUCAGCUUAUUGAACCUGAGAAAGACUCUGAGAUCCGUCAACAAGUGCAAACAUGUGCUACUUACGUUGAAGAAGCAAUGUUUAAUGUUGAUCGUUUCCACCGCUUCUCCACUUUUGCUUCCAUUGUUAAAGGACUUGCCUUCCUCAUCCACAUGGCACGAGCCCACAAACAGUCAAACCCAAAAAGCAAGUGCAGUGGAUGGCACAAAUGCCAUCUACCUCGCACUGCUGAUGAAAUGGCUCAAGCAAGAGAUGUUGUAUUGAAAGCGGUUCAGAGGACAGCCUUCUUAAAGGAAUUGUCAGCGCUGCAAUCCAACCAAGCAGUGGCUAAAAACAGCCCCUUACAAAAACUAAGUCCAACCUUGGAUGGUGGAUUGUUAUGUGUUGGAGGUAGACUCAAUAAUUCUGAACUGACAUCUGUGGAAAAGAACCCAAUAAUCCUUCCUAAGGACAGCCACAUCUCUCUGCUACUCACACGGCAUUACCAUGUUCAGGUGAAACAUCAAGGCCGUCAUCUGACAGAAGGAGCAAUCAGAGCUGCAGGCCUAUGGAUUCUGGGAGGAAAAGCACUAAUUAAUUCAGUUAUCCACAAGUGCGUGACCUGUCGCAGGCUGCGAAGGAAACCAGAGGAACAAUGCAUGGCUGACUUACCUUCAGAGCGCCUUACAGCUUGUCCUCCAUUUACAUACGUGGGACUUGAUGUCUUUGGGCCCUGGUCUGUCACAGCUAGACGUACCAGAGGUGGGCAAGCAGAGAGUAAGCGAUGGGCCAUUAUGUUCAGCUGUCUUAGUUCGAGGGCUGUUCAUAUUGAAGUGAUUGAGUCAAUGGACUCCUCCAGCUGCAUAAAUGCUCUUAGACGCUUCUUUGCACUCAGAGGCCCUGCAAAGCAACUCCAGUCCGAUUGUGGUACAAACUUCAUUGGAGCAUGUAAAGAGCUUGGCAUGGACAAAACUGUGCAGAAGUACCUGAGUGAACAGGGAUGCAGCUGGAAGUUUAACCCGCCACGUGCAUCACACAUGGGAGGCUGCUGGGAGCGCAUGAUUGGCGUUGCCAGGAAGAUUCUUGACUCUAUGUUACUACAGCAAAAGAGUAAUCUAACUCAUGAAGUGCUUUGCACAUUUAUGGCAGAAGUAACCGCCAUUAUGAAUGCUCGACCACUCUUACCUGUAUCAGCAGAUCCACAGCAACCUUUUAUCCUCUCACCAUCAAUGCUCCUUACACAGAAGUCAGGAGUUCCCCCUCCUCCUGGAGACUUUAACAACAAGGACCUUUACACAAACCAGUGGAGACGGGUGCAGGCCCUUGCAAAUCAGUUUUGGAGCAGAUGGAGCCGAGAAUACUUACCCACUCUGCAAAGCAGACAAAAAUGGACUACACCACGUAGGAAUCUUCAAGUUGGAGACUUAGUCCUGCUCCGAGAUAAGCAAACUGUUCGGAACUGCUGGCCAAUGGCUAGAAUUACUGCUACGUUUCCUGGACAAGAUGACCUUGUACGGAAGGUCGAAGUGUCAACAGUUGAUCAGGGAACCCCAAAGACUUUUCAGAGGCCUGUCACAGAAGUUGUUCUGCUUCUCCCUACAGACUGAUGUUUAGAUUUCAUUACAGUUAUAGUGACCUCACAGAGGCCAGACGGGGAGCGUAAAGUUUAAAAGCAUUUAAAGCAAAGAGUUUAUUUUAAACUGAAAUGUAAGUUUUCCUAGAUAAGAAGUUUAUUUUGAAAGAGCCUUUAGUUUACAUCAUUUCCUGUUAAAAUCUUUCGGUCUCUUCUUGGAUCUUCCCGCAAGCAUGACAGACUCUUGUGAGCUUAAUCCAUGAUCAUCCACUGUCAUCAUCAUUGAGGCAAUGCUGUAAGUUUAUCCAGUAAAAGUUAAAGAAUUAUAUAAUGUGGUUUGUUGUGAGUUUGAAAUAAUUUGGAGAAGUUUUUAUAUUUAAAGUUAUAUUUUAGUCUGUAAAGAGAUACUUACUAAAAUAUAAAGCUUUAUUUAUAACUGCACCUAGAAACAUGUUUUGAAGUUAUGUACUGAAUGUUAUUUUAUAAUGUUUGUUGCAGUUUUCAUCGAAAGUUGUUGAAGAAUUGUGGAAGUAAAUGGUGAAUCUUACGACGACUUUCUCUUCAUUCAACGCGGUUUAGCUGGAUGUUUAGUAAGCAGUUUUGACACGCUGAACAAGAACAUUACAGCAC